CGACGUUUGUUUCAUUCCCGAGACUUUCCAUUUUUAAAAUAGGUAAUUUAUUGGUUACGAAAAGUGAGGAAAAAAAAGGAAACUACGGAUAAUUUCCUUUUUCUAAACUUUCCUUUUUUCCUGAAGGAGCAGAUGAUGUGAGUAUAAAUAUAUGACUACCCCCAUGGAUCCAAUAAUCAUUCGAAACAAUCUGUAACACUUGUCCAAUAUAAACACAGACUCUAUAAGAUUAUAUUCUCUGUUCAAUGGCAAUUACCGAUAACAAUAAUCCCUUUUCCAUGUCGACCAUGUCUAAUGCAUUACAACACAUCCCUUUCUCUAAAGGAGUCUCCGGUUCCAUCCCUCCUCCGGGAUUCGCCCCACGCUCCUCCUCCACCGUAGCAGACACUCGCUCAAACUCUCUGUUCAACGUUAUGACUAGCGGCAAAGGCUUGGCCCAGUUUAAAGAUAUCAUCUCAAAGUCUGACCGAAAAGAGCUUCAGCUGAUGGCGUCGUUGCUUACGUCAGACUCCGAUUACUUCAUGGAGGUUGUCAGAAACAUUAACGGGUCGAGACGCGUCCAGAAGCUCCUCGGAAUAUCAGACGCCGUGGACGCUUUAUUCUACCCCGCUAUCUUGCGCCGGUUCUACCACGUCGUGACCGACAAGUACGCAUCCUACGUGGUGAUACGAGCUAUGCUCGUUUUCGACCAGAAGAAGCAGUAUGUAAUGUACGAACACCUUCUCCACCACGCGCUCGACAUAGCGCGUAAUCAGUACGGCUGCAUUGCGCUCAACGAGGUCAUAACCGAUGCGGAUGAUCCUUUCUACAGAAAUCUUCUACUAGACGUGGUAGCGCGCAACGCCCUCUACCUAAGUAAUGAUCCUUCAGGGAACUUCGUGGUCCAACACGUGCUUGCACUCUAUGACUUGCGUUGCACGCAUAACGUUGGUGUUAGUCUUCAUGGCCAUUGCGUUGAUCUGUCGUUUAAGAAGUAUGGAAGCUACAUCGUAGAGAAGCUUCUAGAUACUGAGGAAUCAAUGGCUGUGGUGGUUGUGGAGCUUUUGGAGUGUGAAAGAGGCAGGUUGACGAGGCUGGCGAGGAAUGAGUUUGGGAGUUUCGUGGUGGUCAAGGCAUUGAAAAUCACGCAGGGGAUGAAUAGGGUCGAUCUGUUUAGGGGUUUGGUGCAGAAGCUGAUGCCUGUUCGCCACCUUUUGGUUAGGUCUCACGGAAGCAACAUUGUAAACUUCUUGGAGUCGACUAUUUAAGCUACCUAGCUGGCCACAAUAGUCGUGUAUGUCUGUGUGUCUGUCUCAAACUAGUUACACAAUGCUCAAACUGUUCAAAUUUUGAUGUGCUAUGUUCGAAUUUUAUGGUAAUUGCUAAUAUCUCGUAAGAAAGGCGUCUUGAGAAAAGUUAUAUGAAUACAUGAGUGUUCAUUUUUUUGUCUUUGUUUCAAACUAGCUGCAGUGGUCAAAUGGUUCAGAUUAUAACGUGUUAGGUUCAUUUUCAAUUAUUGAGGUAUUUAGGAAAGGCUCGUUGAAGAAGAGUUGCAAUUUGAGACACAAAAAAUAUUCAUCGACAGUUUUCUUUAAAAUAUGAAAUUCCAUAACUAAAACCUAAACAUAAGUUCUAUCAUGUCUAAUUAAAAUUUUAAACAAAAAAUAACUAUAAACAUAGGUUCUAUCAUGUCUAAUUGAUCCACCAAUUUGAAAAUAAAAAGUAUCGAGAUAGUAUUAAAUGACCUUAAGGUAGCUUAAAUUAAAUAAAGAUAUCAGUCUUAAAAAUAACUUACACUACCAGGGAUGGCUUAGUGCAAAAACAAGGAAGGAAUCAGUGAGCAUCUCCAACUUUUCCACAUUCAUUUUAUACACUCCCACUUUUCCACAUCCAUUUUAUACACUCCAAACAGAUUAUCUUCAUCAGAUCUCGCACAUGCAGUAACAUCGAAACAUCUUCGAACGUCUGGUUCUUAACUUCCUACAUUAGCACGAGAGCCUAUCUUGAAAUUUUAGAAUACAUAAACAAUUUAUUAAGAAUUUUAAUAAAUUAAAUUUUUAACAGUAUAUAGAUAUAUGUACAUAUAUAUUAAUUCAUAUAUUACUUCAAACAUUUUUGGAUAUUCAAAACCAAUAUUUCAUUUAGCUAUGUUAGGAUACGUCUUCAGCAUGACGCAUGCUAUUCAUCGCCAAGAGAAGAAUGUGUGUGCGUUAAUUGUGAUGUACCAUGGAUAAGCGUAAGAGCAUGAUUAAUCGGAGUUCUUAUAGUAGGAUUUUUAGUGUAAUAUAAGAUACGCGUUUUAUCUUUUAAUUAAGAAACACUAAGAAACGUCUUCUAAAUAAGAGAUAUAAGAGCAUGGGUAACGCUGGUCUCUUAUUUGGAGUUUUCAACUUAUGAUUUAACAUUUUUAUAUAUUUUUUUUUGGUUAAGAAACGUCUUAUAUCUCUUAUUUAAGAGAUGGUUCUUACUUUUUCUUAGUUAAAAACUAAGAACCGUCUUUUAGCCGAAAUUAAAAACAAAUUAAAAAAUCAGAGUUAAUCAUUGUCUAAGAGACGUUUCUUAACAAAAAAAUGUCAUGUUCUAAAAAUUCCAAAUGGGUCUCUUCUAUUAAUCAUGCUCUAAAGGGAUAGUUAAUGGAUGGUUUAUGAUGUCUCUGGAUAAGCCGAAAUCAUCAAACUAAAGAUUCUGAUGCAACCAUUUUCUCUUCUCUCGUUCUAUUAUUUAGAUCCGGUUAUGACCGAUUUCUGCUCAUUGGAUGAUCUUUGCAAUGAGAAACGCUUGCUCAUGGAUCUCGAAUCCAUGCUUGAUGUCCCUUUCUCAAUUUGGGGAGACCAAUAAUGCUAGUUUACAGAAAAAAAAAUCAUGGACUCUUGUGAUGAUUUCAAAACAUUUUCAAAUUUCUCUAUUCUGUAUGUAUAUACAUAUAUGUUUAUAUUGAAGAUAAUGUAAGUGCCAAUUCCUCAUAUAUAUACAUAUAUAAAUCUAUAUUACAUUUUGAUUCAACAUGUGUGAAAGGGCACAGCUCAAUUAAUAAGCGAACCAACAAAUGGCCAACUUGUUCUUCCCGUGUCACAUCGUACCAAAAGCGAUAUUUAAUAUUUCAAAUAAUUGCUCAACCUCAAUAUAGUAACCACGUGGUUUUGGACAUUGUGGAAAACCAUGAUAACAUUAUCUAUGAUAUAUAUUAGGUAUGGAGAGCUUGCCAAAGAAGAAAAAAAAUCAAUUUCCUUUAACGGGUAGGACGGCGUCCACGUCUUCAACUCAACCUCGUCUACCUUAUAUGAUUAACAUAUUAUAAUUUUUAAGAUACGAAAAUGACAGAAACAUGAAAAGGAUAUUAUAACAUAUGAUUUAAAAUACUAAACAAAGGACUUUUAAUAAUAAUUUUUAUCUAAAUAUUUAAAUUUCAGAUAUCUGUUGUACCAUCAAUUUUUUUAUCAUAGUCCACAAAUGAAAAAUGAUUGAUAUAUUCAGUAAAAAAAUGAUUGAUAUCAACACGGUACAAUGCGUACUUGUCCUGAGAACACUAUUAACUGAAAGUCUGGAACAUUAAGAAGCUGGUAAUAAGAAGAACUUGUACAGAGUUGACAUGCAAGACAUUGGCGAUUCAACACCGUAGCUGUAAAGAGGUAGGAGCAAUACUAUUAUUAUUUGUUUUGACAACAGAAUUAUAUGUUAGACAUAAUUUUAUAUUCUUAUAAUUUCUUCAUAAUAUUUAGUGGUGUUUUUUUUUUGUCACUAUAUUUAGUGGUGGUUUAUGUCCAACAUAUGGCUAUAUCACCAUUAUAUUGAUAUAUACGAUAAAUCUCAAUGUAACUAUAAUAUAAUAAUUAAAGUAAAAUUUUAUAAGUAUAACUAGAUUUUAAUCUGCGCUUUGAAAGCGCGGGAUAUUUUUCGUUGAAAAAAUUAUUAAUCCAUCUAUUUGUACACUAAUAUGUUUAGGCACGUGUGUUCAAUUUUUACUUCGACUGUAAUUUGUUUUUUUUUUUUGUUUCUGUUUCUGUUUCGGUUGUGAUUUUGUUUUUUUCGAAUUAAAAAAUAGAGGGACCAUUUGAUUAUUUGUGAAUUUAGGUUUAGUUUAGGAUUAAUUAGUUUAGCUCUCAGUUUGAUUAGGAUAAAAAUAUUAAAAACUCGAUAAAGUUUUGAGUUUAAUUUGGUGCUGGUUCGGUACCUGUUUUUUGGAUAAUACGGUUAAAAAUCACAUUUUUAUAUUUUUAGAACAAAAUCUUCUAAAUUUAAAUAUUUAACAUAUAAUAUUUUUGUGAUUUCGUUGUAUUGGGAUAUCCGUAUCUUACAUAGUAAUAUUUCUUAUCUUUUUUAAAUCUAUUUAUAAGUUGAUUUUAAUAAUGAAAAUAAAUUAUAUUUAAAACUCUUACAAUAUAUAAUAACUUCCCGAAAACUAACAAGUUUUUUAUUUAUUUUAAAAUUAACAUUUAUAAUACAAAAUAAGAGCCAUUUUAAAAUUAAUUCAUAAAAAUAACCAUUUUUAAUAAGAACAAAAUUAUCCAAGUUUAUGUUAACGAAUAAAAAAAA